AUGGCAUUCACUACCUUGUUGGCCCUGUGCGCCCUCCCGGCCCUCGUCGCGAACCCGUAUGGUGCCGGAUAUCAGUCCGGCAACCUCGACCUGGCCAACUACCCGCCAACGCUGCCCUACAACACUCCUUACAACCACGAGCCGAUCUACUACGACUCGUGGAGCUCGAGCUCGAGCAGCGAGGAGGACCGGUGCAGCGUCCACAAGAUGAAGAAAGCGCGUUGCCCCCAGCGCUUCAAGACCGGCAACAACACCUGCGAGCGCCCGGAUGUUAGGCGUUUCGAGAUGAACAACCGUGAAUUCCUCGAGGUGACCUGCCCAUCUGGCGAAUGGCAAGCGCUCGUCACCAAGAAGGAUCAGGUGAUCACCGCCACCUUCGGACGUCUGGAGCACGUCUUCGCCUGCUCGGAGAGUCGCCGCCAGUGGAAAACUUACAACGCCACCGGCUCCCGCUUCUACGUCAAGAACGCCUUCUGCGUCUCCGGACCCGUCGUCGACGAAUGGAUCCAAAGCCAGAUCAACCCCAGCGACGAGGACACCACCGAAGAAGCGACCACCGCCGCCGCCCCGGUAGACGAA